CGAUUAAAAAAAUUACAGACUGGAAAAAGGUUGUCUUUUUAAAGGAGUUGUUUGUAUUUAAACCUAUUCCAUAUUCAUGUAUAUUUUUUUACCCUGGCAACAUAUAUCGGCGUGGGUCUUGGUGAACGAUUGUUGGCGUGGGUUGAUUCAUAACAAUUUACGUAUAUUUUUUAACGAAAACUGGACGAAAAACUGAAAAGACGAUUAAAUUAUUAUAUUAUGGUAAGGAGUUGGCGCCAUUCAGAGCACACUGAAUAACACAGGCCGCCGCGAUGUCGCAGCAAUACAGCCUCAGGUGGAACAACCACCAGCCGAACUUCAUAUCCAUGUUCACAACGCUGCUGAACACCCAGACCCUGGUGGACGUGACCCUCGCGGCGGAGGGCAAGCACCUGCAGGCCCACAAGAUCGUCCUGUCCGCCUGCAGCACGUACUUCCAGGCGCUAUUCGUGGAUAACCCAUCGCAGCACCCCAUCGUGAUCCUCAAGGAUGUGAGCUUCGCGGACCUGCGCACCAUGGUGGACUUCAUGUACUGCGGGGAGGUCAAUGUCACCGAGGAGCAGCUGCCCCAGGUGUUAGACACAGCAAAGCACCUAAAAAUCAAAGGUCUCACCGAGAUGCCAGAAACAACCUCCCUCACCCGCUCACAAGCCAACGAGCUGCAGUCGCAAGGCGACUCGCUGGAUUCGAACCGGCACUCCGCUUCUCCCGCCGCCUCGCCCAACACCAAACGGAAAAGGUACGGAAUACGCAGAAAAAGCUCAACCGGGUCAACAUCACUCAACAUGGUCGAGGAACACAGAGAGGAGCAGCAGGAGCCUGCCCGGGAGUCAGUCACCCUCAGCAGCCUGCCUCGGAGAAGGGAAUAUGAAGAACACCAGAACACAGAUCCCCACAUGAACGUGGAACCACUGCCAAUGGAAGGCGGUUCAGCCGGUCUACCGCAAGACGCCGCAAGUCGCCAGCGUCGCUCGAAGUUGUUCAAGCGGCAGUCUCGCGUGCAGCCCGAGGAGCGGGAAGUGAGGAAACAGGUCUCGGAGCCCGCGCCGCCCGCGCCCGGGCCCUCGCCCACUCCCUCGCUUAGGAAACACGAGUCAUACCCGCAGUACGGCUCACAGAACCGCACGCGGACUCUAGACCACGAGAUAGGCUCGCUGCUGAUCCGCGCAGUGACGUACAUCGACCGGCAGACCAACCCGUCGUCGGCGUCAACUUCCUUCGAAGAAGCCGCGCCGGCCACGCGCGCCAGCCACACACCUGCCGUCAGGAACGGUCCCCCUCUAAGCUGCAACUUCUGCUGGAACACAGUAGACGAGUGCGGGCGUAUCCUCCGCCGCAAGACGCAGUACCACUGCCCCGAGUGCCAGACCAACCUCUGCAUCGUGCCGUGCUUCCACGAGUACCACGAGGGACCCGACGCCGAGGGCGUGAGCACCGCCAGAUCUGAUGGAGUUUCGCGGAGAGACCGCGUGAGAAACUCCCGCAUUCGCGGCAGUCUUCAUGUCCGUGACAUAGCAGACAAGCUCCAAGAAAGCCGCCUACGAUGGUACGGCCAUGUCUUACGUAAACCGGCAAGUUACAUAGGAAACAAAUGUCUUGCCAUGCCACCUCCGCCUGGCCCCGGACGAAGGGGAGCACCCAAGAAAUGUUGGCUUGAUGUCGUUGGGGCUGAUAUGCGUGCUAAUGGUCUCACUAAAAGGGAUGCAGAAGACCGUGCGAAGUGGAGGAGAAAAAGCCGGAAAGCGGACCCCGGGCUCCGAAGCGCCCGAGCUGAGGAUGCAACCGGGAAACCGUUAAGAUGAGAGAGAGAGAGAGAGAGAGAUUUAUUAGAUCUGAUCAGCGUGCUUAGCCGAAUGCACAAACGCCCACGAAACGCUCGUAUUUACGAGUAUCUAUCUCUAUCGCUCUUGCGUAUUGGCGCGACAGAACCAGACUACCUUUCGCGGCGUUUCGUUUUCGUUUCGCGCCGUUGAUAUGCCAUUCGUCUACGGGGCCUGGUAGGGCAUUCGUCAAAGUGUAUCUUGGUAACUAGAUGUACGCUGAACCAAUACAAGAGUGCAAUAAAAUUGGUGCCGAGUUUUAGAGUGCUAAAUGAAUUAACAUUGUAUUCAUAAUUUUUUCUACUCCCGAACUGUUAUUCGUCAUUUACAGGGUCGUGCAUAGAUCUUUAAACCCCUUAAAGUUUAUGUAAUUAACACAAAAACAAUAUAUUUAUUGAAAUUUCGUGCUUAAUUAUCGUCACAAAACUGACAGUGACUUAAUUUAUGUUAACCACUUACGCUAAUUGGGGGGUCCCAAAUUAUGAAAAUGCCCUUAAUUAAAUUAAAGUGUAUUUAAUACUGUGCAAUAAUGUAGUGUUACAUUAUUAAAGGCGAUGGUGACUCUUAAGGUAGGGCAAUUGGGUUUUAUGGGGCCCCACAAUGCCCCUCUCUAGCUACGGCCCCGUAUUUAGCCCCUAAAAUCCGGUUCUAUAUGUAAGGCCGAUAUGUUUAACUGUACAUAUUAAUAUGGUAACAAGUUCUUUAUAAAAGAACUCUUAUUGUCUCGAAUUAGUUUUAAGUAACUUAAUAAUUUAUUGAUAUUUUUGUACUGUUGGCGACUCGAAGUCUCUAUUCUGUAAGAAUAUUUCGAUGGAUUUCAAAGUGAAAUGUACGUAACAUUUUCUUCAAUCCAAUCCUGACAAUAUCAUCCUCAUCCUCCUUGCGUUAUCCCGGCAUUUGCCACGGCUCAUGCGGGCCUGGGGUCCGCUUUGACAACUAAUCCCAAGAUUUGGCGUAGGCACUAGUUUUCAUGAAAGCGACUGUCAUCUGACCUUCCAACGUUCCAACCCGAAGGGCCUAGUUACCUUUAUUGGAAUUAGUCCGGUUUCCUCACGAUGUUUUCGAAAACCAACUGUAUAUUUACUUUUAAAUCCAUCGACAUUCAUUGGUAGAAUGGAAUGGUCAUAUUAAUUUACUACUUGCCAUACUCCUUUUUUAAUGCGGGAGGAGGCAAACUAGCCAGGCACUAAUCAUGUAUAAGAUUAUAAAGCAUGCCAAGCGUCCCGCUUUGUACUUAUAAACACAGGUUAUCAAAACAAAUUCAUUCGGAUAAUUUUUAUUACAGAUGUACUUAGUGCGAAAAGAUUUUCUUUCGUAUUGUCACGGAAACGUACGAACGUGUCAUGCUAUUUCAGUCAGUCCCAGUACAGGGGCAUUCCACGAGAA